AUGGCGGCGACGCCCUGGGUACUGCUUCUGUUCGCCCUCGCCUGGCGGUCUGAAGCGGUCUUCACCAGUCCGCACCAGAUCAAACUACAAAACAACGAGUACUCGGACGUGCUGGUCGCCAUUCACAGGGACAUACCGGAGGACUUACGGAUCGUGGAUAGACUGAAGGAAAUCCUGACCAAAGCGUCUGAAGACCUGUACAUCGCCACCAACAGCCGCGCGUUCUUAAAGGAGGUGAAGAUCCUCAUCCCGAAGACGUGGUCCAAGAAACCAGAGUAUCAGCCGGCAGGGACGGAAACGUUUGAACGGGCUAACGUCAGAGUGGAUGUGCCGAAUGCUUUAUACGGGGACAAUCCGUACGUGCAGCAGAAGGGAGGAUGUGGCGAGGCGGGAGACUACAUGCACCUGACUCCUAAAUACGUGCUGGACAAGCAAUAUGGAGAGGCAUACUGGGGACCUAAUGGUAAGACGUUUGUGCACGAGUGGGCCCACCUCCGCUGGGGACUGUUCGACGAGUACGGCCAGGACGAUCCUGCAGGACAAUCCUACCCGCACUUCUACAGCGGAUCGCUAGGAGGCGUCCAACCCACCAGGUGCUCCGCCUGGGUGGCGGGGACGAACAAGCACAUGGUGACCGGAGCGCCGUGUCAGCUGGACCCGGUAACCGGAGUGUACGGGCCGGAGUGCCGCUUUUACCCCGACGAGCAAACCAACCGAGCAACCGGAUCGUACAUGUUUAUGCACUUCCUCAACCAAGUGACAAGUUUCUGUCACAGUGACCCGUCAGGAGACCCUCUAUCCUACCACAACCGUGAGGCGCCCAACAAGCACAACUCCCUAUGCGGCGGGCAGAGCGCCUGGGGCGUCAUGGACCGGCAUCCCGACUUCGCCAACGGCGCUAACCCCCCUCGUGAGGUCCAAUCAACCGUACCGGACUUCGUCCUGCUGCAGGAAAACGACUAUCGGAUCGUCCUCGUGCUAGACGCGUCGAAUAGUAUGAGGGGUGAACCGCUCCGCCGACUGGGGCAAGUGGCGACGAGGUUUAUCCGUAGUACAGUGGGAUUUGGCGCCUCGGUGGGCCUGGUCAAAUUUGCCCGCCAUGCUUCAAUAGACCACCCGGUCAUCAGUGUUGAUUCCCAGGCCGACCGUGAUGCUCUGAUUGCCACAAUCCCCACAACAACUGUUCUCUAUACGUGUAUCGGCUGUGGCCUCCUGAAAGGAGUGGAGGCUCUAGAAGCUGUCGGUCCUCCAGAAGGCGGGGUUUUACUCCUGGUGACUGACGGGAGGGAAACCACGGCCCCCAGAAUCCGUGACGUCAUCCCAGAACUUCUUAGAAAGAGAGUCAUCGUAGCCACGGUUGCCUACAGUCAAAACGCGGACGCCACCCUGGAGAGCCUGGCCCAGCAGACAGGCGGCCCGUCGUUCUACGCUGCACGGCGAGACUCCGCGGCUCUGGAUAACGCCUUCACCGCCACGUUUGAAGCCACAGCCGGCGGAAAGGGGGUCAAGCUGUUAAAUGAAGAGAGGACUAUCGCAGGUGGUCAGACCUACACCAACCACGUGCAUGUGGACAGCAGCGUGGGACAGAACACCACGUUCUCAUUCUAUUGGCUGGGCGGCAGUCGUCCCACGGUUACCAUGGAAACACCUGUCGGACACGUGAUCACUGAAGGAAGCCCGAUGUAUGACGUCACGAGCGACACGAUUACAGUUGAGAUUCCUGGCAUGGCACCGCCGGGAAAAUGGGCGUACAACAUCAGCAACCCAGGUCCUGAUGACCAUGAUGUCAUCACCAUCAUCACCUCCUACCCUCCCACCGAUGGCGAACCCAUCCGAGUAAAAGCACAGGUGAGUGCCGUCUCCCUGAACUACUCGUCCUCCCAGCCCACCGCCCUGCGGAUCUUCGCCUCCGUCCGGCGGGGUUACCUGCCUGUCACCGGGGCUGUCGUCAAGGUCCACAUCGCGAAGCCACCCGAUGGUCGGGUAGAGGAGCUCUUACUCCUAGAUAACGGUGCAGGUGCCGACGUGACGAAGAAUGACGGGAUCUACUCCCGGUACUUCCUGGGUUUCUCUGCGGACGGCCGGUACGGUGUCUCCGUCACGGUGGAUAACAGUCAGGGGGACGCCGCCGGGUACACCGUCAUCCAGCGGCGGGCCGGGAGUGGCGCUAUGCCGAUGGACCCAGAUGCUGGCGGAAGCAGCGUUCAGCAAGAGCCACUGCAGCAGUUCCAACGAAUGACGACAGGUGGCGUUUUUGAGGUACAGGGGGUGCCCAGUGGUGGUGUCCCCACAGUAGACGUCCUGCCGCCGUCCAGAGUUACCGACCUCGCGGUGGUGGAUGUUUCACACGCUGACGCAACCGUCACGCUUAGAUGGACAGCUUCAGGUGACGACUUCGAUCAGGGAGGUCCAGCAAACUUUGUUGAACUUCGUUACGGCCGCCAUUUUGACCAGCUCGCAGACGACUUUCUCGGAUCACCUCUAGUCGACCAAUCACAAGUGCUGCAGGGUAAUCUGACGUCACCACCGCCCCCUGGUCACGUGCAGACCGUCAACAUCCGGGUUCCAGAGCGGGGCCACAACGUCACCUUCGCCUUCUCACUGCGCAUGUGCGACGAUCAGGACAACUGCAGCCCGCCAUCCAACAUCGUGACGUCAAACCUCGAGCACAUCGCCCAACCAAUCAAAGCCAACAACACGGUCACGUGGGUUAUCAUUGGCUGCGUGGUCGGCGUGGCUGUUUUGGCCGCCAUCUUGAUUCUGUUGUACUUCACAGUCUGUCGGGCGAAGAAACAGAUCAAACCUGCGGACUCUAUCCACCCGGCUCCGACCAAUGGCAACACUUCAUAUGCCCGUACUGUAUAGUUCAGAUGCUGGUUGUUGCGUUUUACUGAUUGCUAGAAUUUCUGAUUCUUUAAAAUGUAUAUGCCCCUUUAGAAAAAGUGCUACACAGCAUUUUUGUUUAAUAUCGAACAAAGCUUGAUCGUAAGGAGUUCACAUUCAGACU